ACUAACUUAAAUGGAAUGACGCUUAUUAACAACAAAAAUGAGAUUUACAAAUUGCUCGUGGAGAAAAUAUAUAGCAGAUGCCAGCAAAUACAAUCGGAAAAUGAGCGCAGCGUUAUGAGAGUAAAUUGCAUAAAGAAGAUACUAAGCCGACGCACAUAUGAUGUAGAGCUGUUAAAAAAACGGCUUGACAAACAUGGUGACAAUUGGCGCUCAGUACCAAUGGUGACGCCUCAGGCAAGGGGUAAGCCCGAGCAGAAACGUCGUGGACCGAAACCUAAGAGCAUACCAAAUGCAACAGACCUAUCAGCUGAAAUAGAACAUAAGACAUUCCGCAAGUCCAGGAAAGAGCGCGUGAAAAAACAACACCAGCAGCAAACAGAGCUCGGCCCAACUACAUCCACACAUCAAUAAUCAUUUAACUUAGGCUGGAUUGAUAAUCGAUGCGAAAAUUAUGGCUCAUUUGAUUCCUGAAAAUCAAAAAAUUGACAAAAUGGGUAGUUUUAUACACAUAUUUUAUUAUU